UUACUAAGCGCUCUUCGAAGAAUCCUCCGGCUGGGAAAACCAUCGCCCAGACCCUGAAUCCUCCGGCUGUACUGCCAGCUCAUUUCCUAGGGCCGCACUCAUGGUGUCAGACUCACGUGGGCUCAUCACUGCGUCCUCUCAUAUUUUCAAUGUGAAUGACUUUUAUUAGGAAAUCUGAAAAUUAGUGAAAGGUUCAUUUUUCUCAGCAUCUGGAAGGCUCUAAGGGCAGGCAGGAGGGGCGCGAACAAGGGCUUUGCCCUCCUGGAGAGACAGCAUGAACACAGAUGUUCCCAGCGCAGGCGAAGUAGAAUGCUGGCUUCAGGGGUUGUGGGGAGGUAGGCAGGAAUGUUGCUUUUCUGGACAUUCGUUCUGAAUUAGCGCCUGUGUACCCAGGGCUGGGUAUAAACUGAGGAAUAAGACAUUGUCCCUGCUCCUAUGGAGCGUGGAGUGCAUCAGAGGAGACAAAUGUAGAAAAAUUACAUUUUAGUGGAAUAAAUGAAGACUGGCUACUCGGAUCGGCGCUUAGCCUGGUGGGACGCCAGGCGCGGGAAGCGGAACCUAAGUGUCGAAGGUUCGGGUUUCCGGGGGUGGUGGGCCCUCACAAGCGGCGCACCGUUAAGAUGGCGGCUGGGCUGCGGAAACGCGGCCGGUCCGGUUCCGUGGCCCAGGCAGCGGGACUCUGCAAGCAAUGGCUGCAGCGCGCCUGGCAAGAGCGGCGCCUGCUGCUGCGGGAGCCGCGCUACACGCUGCUGGUGGCCGCCUGCCUCUGCCUGGCGGAGACACAGAGAUUGACUGGAAGGCCUACAUGGCCCAGGUAGAAGGCGUCAUCAAUGGUACCUAUGACUAUACCCAACUGCGGGGUGACACCGGACCACUUGUGUACCCAGCUGGUUUCGUGUACAUCUUUAUGGGGUUGUACUAUGCCACCAGCCGAGGCACUGACAUCCGCAUGGCCCAGAACAUCUUUGCUGUGCUCUACCUGGCUACCUUGCUGCUUGUCUUCUUGAUCUAUCACCAGACCUGCAAGGUACCUCCCUUCGUCUUUUUCUUCAUGUGCUGCGCCUCUUACCGUGUCCACUCCAUCUUUGUGCUGCGGCUCUUCAAUGACCCAGUGGCUAUGGUGCUGCUCUUCCUCAGUAUUAACCUCCUGCUGGCCCAGCGCUGGGGCUGGGGCUGCUGCUUUUUCAGCCUGGCAGUCUCUGUGAAGAUGAAUGUGCUGCUCUUCGCCCCUGGGUUACUGUUUCUUCUCCUCACACAGUUUGGCUUCCGUGGGGCCCUCCCCAAGCUGGGCAUCUGUGCUGGCCUUCAGGUGGUGCUGGGGCUGCCCUUCCUGCUGGAGAACCCCAUCGGCUACCUGUCCCGCUCCUUUGACCUUGGCCGCCAGUUUCUAUUCCGCUGGACAGUGAACUGGCGCUUCCUCCCAGAGGCUCUCUUCCUGCAUCGAGCCUUCCACCUGGCCCUGUUGACUGCCCACCUCACCCUGCUCCUGCUGUUUGCCCUCUGCAGGUGGCACAGGGGAAAGUAUCUUGUCGCUGCUGAGGGAUCCCUCCAAAAGGAAGGUUCCACCCCAGCCCCUUACACCCAACCAGAUCGUUUCUACCCUCUUCACCUCCAACUUCAUUGGCAUCUGCUUCAGCCGCUCCCUCCACUACCAGUUCUACGUGUGGUAUUUCCACACACUGCCCUACCUCCUGUGGGCCACACCUGCACGCUGGCUCACACACCUGCUCAGGUUGUUGGUGCUGGGGCUCAUCGAGCUCUCCUGGAACACAUACCCUUCCACAUCCUGCAGCUCUGCUGCCCUGCACAUAUGCCAUGCCGUCAUCCUGCUGCAGCUCUGGCUGGGCCCGCAGCUUUUCCCCAAGAGCACCCAACACAGCAAGAAAGCCCACUGAAGUCCCUUUCCCUCCAGUCCACCCUCAGGACCUGGGGUGGGAUGGACUCUGUGCCCUUCCAAAUAAACCUUGCUAAGUCCACCUCUGUGCAACCUACAUGCAGGUGGGGGCAGCCGAUGCCUGGUCCAGGCUGUGAGGGACACGUAUGGAGCAGAUAAAGAAUCCACUCAAGCAGU